CCGCGGAGACCGCCGGUUAUAUAUAGAUAUACACAAGGCAGCGGAGGGUGGCUGCGUGGAGGUGGGGGGUGAAGCUCGUCACCCUUAGCAACGCGCUCGGAAAAAUAAAAUAAAAUAAAAUACAAUAAAAUAACAGUAAAGAUGGCUUCGGCGAAAGCGGCGGGGAGCCACUGCUCUCCCAACCCGGCCGCCGGGGAGUCGCUCACUUGGUGCCUGUCUCAGCUGGGGAAAGCGGCCAGGUCUGAAGCCGGCGGCGGCGGCGGAGCGGCGGCGGCGGGCGGGGGCGGCGGAGCGGCGGAUCCACCGCCGCCGCCGCCGCCUCCUCUCUCGAGCCUGACGCAGGCGCUCGUCGCCAUCCGCACGCGGCACAUCAAAGCCCGCGGCGGGAUCGCGCGGUACCGGGCGCGAGGGGGGCUCCGCCCCUUGCUCGCGCUCAUCGCUCGCGCUCAGCGCGCCAAGAAGACUCUCGACCUGAGUCUCAGCAUCCUGGGAAACUGCUGCACGGAGGCGGAGACGCGGGCGGAGGUGCGGAGGCUCGGAGGGAUCCCCUCUCUCGUGUCUGUGAUGAAGGUGGUCGGUGUGGAGAGUGUCCAGAACAGGGUGGCUCGAGCCCUGGGGAACCUGGCCAUCGACCCGGAGAACUCGGCUCUGAUCCACGAGAUGGGCGCUAUUCCUCCCCUCCUCAGCACACUCUCCUCCUCCCAGGACCCCGAAUGCCUGCACUCUGUCCUCAGGGCUGUCCGAAACCUGAGCGAUACUCCUCGCCACCGCCUCUUCCUCCUCUCCCGGGGGGCCCUCCCCCUCCUCCUCUCUCUCUGCACCCCGGAGACCCCUCCAAACACUGCCCAGGCCUCCCUCCGCGCCCUGGCCGAGCUCACCAGGGGCUGCUCCGCUGAGUGUGCCCAGGAGCUCUCCCGAAACUCGGCCUUGGCCAAACUUGGGGCCCUGGCAUUGUCCCCAGAGCUGGGCUCUGGGGUGGGGGAGUGGAGCCUCAGGGUGCUCUGCAACGCCUGCCUGCAGGGGAGCCUGAGGCCCUCUGUGGGUUCGGCUGGGGUGGUACCCCGAAUCGUGGAGGGGAUCAGAAAAGGGGACCCUGGGAAAUCGGCCCACUUGGUCCGGGCCCUUUGUCUAUGCUGCAGGGAAGCUGUGAAUCGAAACAAAGUUCGGGAGGCCGGGGGGCUAGAGCUGUUGGUCAGCCUGCUCUCCCAGUCCACUUUCCAGUCCCAUUCCCAGUACAGACUGGUGCUCUUCGCUUUCCUGGACUUCAUCUACGACGACUCUGCCCUCGAGGCUCUCCAGGGGGCGGGGCUGGUCCCACUGUUGAUCUCCCGAUUGGUGGAGCUGGCCCAGUGGGCGGGGCUCGACGCGGGCCCUGGGGAGGCCAAGGGGGCGGAGCCUGAGGAGACAGAAGGGGAGGAGUCUGGGCUGCUGUACACGCCCUCUUUCGAUUUCCCGUUGGAAAGGGCGGCCAUGAGAGACCGAGCCUCAGAAAGUCAAGGCUCUUCCAGCUUCCUCAGCCUCAGGACCUGGCUGAUCUCUGAAGGCUACAUCGCCAGUCCAGGGGAGCUGUCGCCACAGUGGUCUCCAGUUGGGGGCGCUCUAGACUUGGAUUGCCUGGAGGGAGGAGGAGGAGGAGAGGGGGUUGGGGAGCGCUCAGCCCGUUCCCUAAGCCCCAUUCUGGGAGCCCAAAAUCCUGAUCAAAGCCACUCCCCUAAUCCCGACACGAACACUGCACAGGAAUCUCAGAGACGCAGGGAGUCGGAAGUGACAGAAUUCCCGUCCCUGGGAAGACGAGGGGACACGGAGAUGGACAGCCGGGGGUCAGAGGACAGGGCGGGGACGAUUGGGGGGACGUCCCACCAAGUGGGGACAAGGGACAGGCCCUCCCUCGGUGUCCCAGAGGAUGUGGACAGUGCCUUAAAAAACAGGAGGAGAAGGGGGAGGAGGAAGAGGGAGGGAGCAGAUCUGGCGGAAUUGAACCCGAUUUCGUACGCAGGUUCUGGGUUUGCGAACGGUCCGGGCUGGGGUCCGGAGAAAGCCCAGGAGAGGUCCGGAGCCGGUCUGAAUGCCCCCCUCUUGUUCGUGGCUUGUAAUAACCCGGGCUCCCUGGAGACAGCCACGCCAGCCCCAGCCGGGACAGCGUCAGCGAGCUCCGGAGAGCCGGGUUCGAGUUCCAGGAAAGGCAGCGAAACCCUUUUCAAAACGAACCUUGUUAAAGAAGUUAAGAAGGACGACGAUGUUGAAAAGUUUAACGGUUCCAAACCUCCAACCACCGACCAGCCGCCAUCCUCGUCCGGUGUCCACCCCGUCCAAAAAGCGGCAGCCGGGACCCCCGCCGCGUCCCGUGAAAGACGGGACAGCCCGUCUCUUCGCUCGCUCAACGGGAGAGCCACCGCAGUCUCUCGCAGCCCUGACCUCGAAGCGGUCUGUCUGACCUCUGGUCUCGACUUCUUCCAGCCCCCCUCCAAGCGCCUCUCUGGGAACCCCGAUACCCUUAAACCCUCCUUUUCCUCUCCCCGUCCUAAAACGGGACCCGACUUCUCCCCCUCCUUCCCCCUUCACCCCUCGGAUAGCAGGCUCCCAGAUUUGGGAAUCGCCGCCAGUCCUAGAGGCGGCAGCAGCAGGCAAAAAUUAUGCAACCGUUACAAUGCCUUGGUCCCGAGCGACUCGACGGGCGCAGAACGGGGGGCUGGCAGUGGCCAGCGCACCCCAAACUCCUCCGAAGACCAGAGACCCCAGCCCCCCGUCCUGCAAACCCCACAAGGCCGGCUCUCGCACCCCGAACCCUGGGGUCCGGACACGCCCAUACUCCUCCUCCUGUCUCGUUUCUCCCAGUCCCUGGACCCCAGCCCUGUGCUGGUCACCCCCCUGGUUCUAGGGGGGCUCCUGAAUUACCUCACCCUGUCGCCCGACCCCUCCCCACGUUGCUUUCGGCUCUUGGGGCGCCUGACCUGCAACCCCAACUGCCUGGAAGCCCUGGUCAGGAUUUUUGGGGUGAGCCUCAUCAGGACCCGGCUGGUUUUGGGGGUCCAGCCCUGGGAGAGAGGAGGAGGAGGAGGAGGAGGAGGGGAGGAAGGGAGGAGGAGGAGCAGGAGGAGGAGGAGAGAGGUGGAAGAGCGAGUCAGAGAGCUAGGGAUAGCUCUGCUUCGUAACCUGCGUGUGCAGUCCGAGUGUCCCUUCGGGAUCGGAGCCCUCAGUCACAUGCUGCUGUCGGGAUCCGAGUGCGAGAGAGUGGCCUGUGCAGUCGCCCUGCCCUUUCUGUGCAGACAGCUGUUUAAUUUCUCUCUCUUCCUCUACUCUCCCCCUCUCCCUGGGUGGGACUCCCCUCCCCUGGAGCCCCCAAACACCCCGACCUCCUCGCACAACCUUGUCCUGCUCACAGACUCUGUCGCUACUCUACUGAGACGCCCAGACGAAAUGGAAGAGGAGAGAGGAGAGGAAGGAGAAAGGGAGGUGGGACGAGAAGGGGGGGGCGCUCCCGAACCCCUGCCCCCCACUCCCUCCUCCGAAAUCACGCCCCCUCCUGGUAAAAAGCCCUGCACUUCGCCCGAGGCAGAACCCCAACCUCCCUGCCUUUACUCGCAAGCCCCAGUCGACCUGGCUUUCCUAUUGGACGACGGGGUGAGGGUGCCGGCCAAUCGGGAAGCAGUCUCCGCCGGCUCGGAAUUUUUCCGGGCGCUGUUGUCGGGCGGGUUUGCCGAAGCCAGGGACCUGGAAUCUGGGGAUCCCAUCCCCAUCCGGGAGGUCUCCCUUCAAUCCUUCACCCCUGUCAUGCAUUACCUCCACGGCUGCUGCAGCGAUAAGGGGGGCGCCGAGAGGGGGGGCUGCCCCCAGAUGAGAGCGCUGGGAGCCCCUCUGACCGCCCAGCCUUUCGAGUGCACCCCUCUGGCCCACGCCAUGACCGGGGCAAGCCGGUUCCUUCUCCCUGACUUUCAGGCUCUCCUGGAAGGGAUGCUGGAUCUGGGGAGUAGGUCGGGCGAUGAUCGUAGCGAUCGCUGCCUCGGGGCCGUCUCUGUGGGUUUGGGGGUGCUCCCCUCCCUCUACAGGUUCUCCCGGAUGCAUCACUACCCCGCUUUGGGGCGCAGGUGCCUGCGGUUCCUGUUUUUGGGGUCCCCCUCGCUCGGGGAGGCUGGGUCCUGCCUGGCUGAGCUCUACAGGGAGUGCGACGCUCCUGCAAGGCUGAACCAGGAGAUUGAGGAGCUGGUGAGAGAGGCGCUGAGGUGACAGGCAGGCAGGCAGCAUAGGAACUGCACACACACACACGAAGACAGACAGACAGACAGAUAUUUUGUAAGGAAAACCAAAACUCUUACGAAAAGUUUUGCAUCCCUUAGAAUUUAAGGAUUGGGACAUUAGAAAAAAAAAUAUAUAUAUAUAUAUAUAUAUGUAUAUAUAAAACAUGAACAUAAUUUAGAUAUAUUAUUUAAUG